GUAAAGAGGUAUUUAUGUGGCCUGAUUAGGUUCCAAGACUGCAAGGGGGUGCAGAAGCAUCUGCUUUACCCCAGUCCAAGGUGUAAAUUCCUGUUUUAUACACUUUUUUCAUAAACUAUAUUUCACAGUGGAAAAUUAUAAAACUAAGUGCCCCUGCUUACUAUGGGUACCCCUGGUCCCAGCCUACUGGAGGAGCCCCAGGUAGAAGAGGGGUCUGGAACAGCUUCACCUGCCCUCUCAGCAGGCAAGUCGUCGUGAGGCUGCAGUAGAGCCUGGGCCCCUCAGUCUGACCCUGUGCCAGGCUGGCCUGCCCGGCAGGGAGUCCCAGCACCGUUGCCCUGUCCACGGCCUUUGUCCACAGCUGCAGCGUCUCCUCUUUCCCCUGCCUCCACUCCAUUGUUGACCAAAGGGGUCAGAACCCGUUGCCUCCUGCAUUAUUGAUGCUGCUGCCUAGGUGGGGAGCCCCAGGGCUCCCUGUAGCCUGGCCAGAGGAGAGUGGCGUGCAACCCAGGCCCCCAGGGCACCCGCCGGUAGUUAAGAUAUCUCAAAAGGAAGAAGGAUUGGGGCAUUGGGAAGGCUGCUUCGUCCGGAAGGGUCAUGGGCAGGAGCAAAUGUAAAACGCCCCAGCGCCGGGGACGACCUGGAAGACCCGCCUCGGCCGAGCAGGAGUCCGGGUCUGACAGCGCACCUAACCCGGACCACGGCAAAGCCCGCAAGGCGAGACCCGCUCCGAAGCCGGACACCACCGGAGGCAAAGGAACUGCUGGAGGCCACAGGAAGUCCACCGAAGACGGUAGCCGCACAAGUGCAGAGGCUGCUGCGGCGCCGCAGGCGCCGGAGACCCAGGAGCUGCAGGGCAGCACGCGGCGUCGGGGACACCAGCCCACCGAGAGCCGCGAGUUCGAGGACAGCCACAGCCGUGAGGAGUGUCCAGCCAAGGAAAGGCUGCGCCUGACAGAAAGGCGGAUGGUCAAGCGCAGCCGCCGCAGGAGAGAAAGAGAGCGGGGUCCUACGGCUUGGCGGGGCGGUGCAGAGACUCCGGGCAUGCAUGGGGACACGUCCGGAGGGGAUGGAGGCAGCUCGUGCGUGGACAGCGAAGCCCGAGAGGCCCUGGACACCAGCAGCCAGGGCGGCGGAGUCCCGGAGCUGCGGCCCAAAACGGAGCCAUCGGACACGGGCUCUGAAGGGGCCAAAGCCGGGCUAGAGGCAACUCUGAGGUCCGGCGAGGGCGAGAGCCUGAGCAGGGACCGUCGAGGCAGAGAUGGACACACCUCCGGGCUCUGGAGCAGGGAGGGGUCGUCGGGGACAGGGCCCCAGGGAGCGAGCGAGGAUUCCCAGACCGAUGCGGACUCCAGCCCAGGGCAUAAACGCCGCGCACGGAAGACCCCAGGAACGGCAAACCGGGUCCCUGACACCCCGGGGACAGAGCUGGGCGGGAAAGCCUCAGCCUUGAGCACCGUCCAGAGCGGCUGCGCGCGCGACCCCGGGGAUCCGCCGCGUCCAGGGGACUCCAGAUCUGCCCCGGAUGCAGGUGACGGAGGGGUGCAGCCAGAGGCUGAGCCGCAGGGCGCUGAGGCUAUCCGGGGUCCGCGCCGCCAGGCCGGAGAAGUGGCGGGGAAGAUGCACGUGGGCACGGACGAGAGCGCAGCCGGAAUCCCGGAGGGAGAAGACGCCGGAGCCCCGGCGCCGCUGGCAGCGCUUAUGGCGCUCCGCAGGCUGCGUGCUGGGGGCGGCCGCGUGGGCCUCAAGGCGCGGUUGCAGCGCGUAGCGCGCGCCCUGGACUUCCUGAGGUGGCUGCGACUGCGGACGCAGCAACGCGCGGGCGAUGGGCACUCCGCCCGGCCGCAGGACUACGAGGCGCGGGGCCGCGCGGGGGCGCUCGAGGCGCGGGGCGGUGGGUUGAGCAAGCGCAGGCUGGCGCUGCGUCUGGCUGGUUUAGCCCGGCUCCGCGAGCUGCCGCGCGCGCCCCCUGGUGGCGACUCCAGCUCUCCGCAGGCACUGGACAGCCCCGUUUCGGAGCCAUCUACAGAAGAGGACCCCUCUCCGGAUGCCAAGUUCGCGGUGGUCUUCCCCAGGAUCCAUAGGACCCGGAGGGAGUCGAGCAGCAGAAGCCCAGGAGCAUCCGCGAACGCCCCCGCUGGGGAAGGUCGUGUUUCGCCUGGUGCAGGAGCUGCAGAGGGCAGGGAGGGGCGAAGGGCUAGUGGAGAAGGGGUGAUCAGGCCCAUCCAGGCCACCUUCUUUGCCUCCACUGUCCCCCAUGGGACCUCACGAGAUGAGAACCGCAGAAGUCACGAGGCGGAGCCCGAGUCCUUGGAAGCCGAGAGCCCAGUGCACUGGACGCAGACCUCUGUCCCCUGCGAGGAUCCUGGGCUUGACAGAGAUAAUGCUCUGCUGCCACGACUCACCUUGGAGACGCGCCUGCAGCAGAAUAGCCCCUGUGCGUCCCCAAGGGAGAGGUGGGAGCCCGAGGAUGAUGCUGAGGCAGCCCUGGAGAGGGGUCUGGAGCUGAGCCUCCAGCGGGGCCUGGAGAUGCCACCCUUCCCAGGUAUCGAGGACAAGAGUCUCAGAGAGUACCUGGAAGACACUGAGGACCUUGCCCGGCUGCGGCUGGUGUGUGACAGCUCUGUUCUGCUGUGUCUCAAGAAGAGGUUUCACCUGGGUCGCAUCUAUACAUUUGGGGGGCCCCUCCUGCUUGCUCUGAACCCCUACCAGCCACUGUCUCUCUUCUCACCAGAGGUUUUGGCCAGCUACCAUCCCAGGAAGGCCCCCAACACCACUCCACACAUCUUUGCCAUUGGGGCAGCAGCCUACAGUCUGUCUCAGAGCACUUCGCAGGACCCCUGUAUCCUCCUAGGGGGCCACAGUGGCUCAGGGAAGACAGAGGCCGCCAAGAAGAUUGUAGCGUUCCUAAGCAACAUGGAGCAGAAACAGACAGGAGACACUGUGUUUCAGCUAGAGGACAUGCUGCCUGUGCUCAACAGCUUUGGUCAUGCCAAGACUAUCCUCAAUGCCAAUGCCAGCCGCUUCGGCCAGGUGUUAUGCCUCUGCCUGCAGCAGGGGGUCAUUGUAGGAGCCUCUGUGUCCCAUUAUCUGCUUGAGACCUCCAGAGUGGUGUUUCAGGCCCAGGCUGAACGGAGCUUCCAUGUUUUCUAUGAGCUUCUGGCAGGGUUGGACCCCAUGGAACGUGAGCAGCUCUCUCUGCAGGGACCUGAGACUUACUACUACCUCAACCAGGGUAGAGCGUGCAGACUCCAGGGCAAGGAGGAUGCCCAAGACUUUGCAGGGCUACUGAAGACCCUGCAGGUACUGGGCUUGUGUCCAGAGGAGCUCACUACAGUCUGGGCCUUGCUGGCCACCAUCCUGCAGCUGGGCAACAUCUGCUUUUCUUCUUCAGAGAGGGACUCCCAGGAGGUGGCAGCUGUGUCUAGCUGGGCCGAGAUCCACAAGGCAGCCAGACUGCUGCAGGUGCCACCAGAGCGCCUGGAGGGGGCUGUCACCAGGAAGGUCACGGACACACCCUAUGGCCCAGUCUCAAGGUCUCUACCGCUGGAGACCGCCAUUGAUGCCAGGGAUGCCCUGGCCAAAGCCCUGUACUCACGGCUCUUCAACUGGCUUCUGAAGCGAAUCAACGCGCGGCUUGCUCCACCCAGCAAGGCAGGCGUCGUGGGCACCAUCACUGUCGUGGACACCUUCGGCUUUGAGGCACUGCGGGUGAAUGGCCUGGAGCAGCUGUGCAGCAACCUGGCCAGUGAGCGUCUGCAGCUCUUCUCCAACCAGAUGCUGUUGGCCCAGGAGGAGGAAGAGUGUCGGCGGGAGCUGCUGUCCUGGGUGCCUGUUCCCCAGCCUCCCAGGGAGUCCUCCCUGGACCUCCUGCUGGACCAGCCCCACAGCCUCUUAAGCAUCCUGGAUGCCCAGACAUGGCUAUCCCAGGCCACAGACCACACCUUCCUCCAGAAGUGCCACUAUCACCAUGGUGAUCACCCGAGCUACACCAAGCCUCAGCUGCCCUUGCCUAUCUUCACAGUGCGCCAUGACGGUGGAACUGUCACCUACCAGGUGCACAAGUUCUUACACAGAAACCGGGACCACCUGGACAGUGCUGUGGUGGAGAUGCUCAGCCAGAGCCAGCUGCAGCUGGUGCGCAGCCUGUUUCAGGAAGCAGAGCCUCAGACCAGGGCAGGUCGAAGCAAACCCACAUUGUCUUCUCGCUUCCAGCAGUCCCUGGGGGACCUGCUAGCUAGGCUAGGCAGAAGCCAUGUCUACUUCAUCCACUGCCUCAACCCCAACCCUGGAAAGCUGCCAGGUCUCUUUGAUGUGGGACAUAUGGCAGAACAGCUGCGCCAGGCCGGUAUCCUUGAGGUCAUAGGCACCCGUCGUGCCCACUUCCCUGUGCGAGUGCUCUUCCAGGUCUUCCUGGCCAGGUUCCGGGCCCUGGGGCCAGGGAGACAGGAAGAUCUCUCUGACCGGGAGUGGUGUGGUGCCAUCCUCAGCCAAGUGCUGGGGGCAGAGUCCCCUCUGUAUCAUCUUGGAGCCACCCAGGUCCUAUUGCAGGAGCAGGGCUGGCAGCAGGUGGAGCAGCUCUGGGCUCAGCAGCGCUCACAGACCCUGCUCACCCUGCAUCGUGGCCUCUGCACUUGCAUCACCCGCCAGCGCCUCUACCUCCUGCCCCAGAUGCAGGCUCGUGUGCGUGGGUUCCAGGCCAGGAAGCGAUACCUCAGACGAAGGGCAGCUCUAGGACACCUGAACACUGUCUUACUGGUGGCCAGGCCCCUGCUCCAAAGACGGCUGAAGCUACAGCUUAGGCAUUCGGGUGGCUCUCACAGCUUGGAGGCCUGGGAAAAAGUGCCAAGCAUGGACCUGGGGCGCUUGGAGAUCCCAGCUGAGCUGGCCACCAUGCUGAAGACAAUGGAAAGACACCAGGACACCCUCUCUAUGAACAUCACUGAGUGUCUGCCUCCCGAGGUUCCUGCCCGGCCCAGCCUGACUCUCCCUCCAGACAUUGACCAGUUUCCCUUCUCCAGCUUUGUGUCCACAGGCUUUCAGGAGCCAUUUCUGUCUACCCCAGGGCAGCCACUGGAUAAGCCUCUGACUCGGCUGAAUGGUGAGAACCCUCAGCAUGCUCUACAGAUCAACAAAGUGAUGCUGCGGCUCCUAGGGGACGGAUCCCUGUUGCCCUGGCAGGAGCAGACCAUGGGCACAUACCUGGUGCGGCAGGCACAGCACCGGCUGGGACUUCGGGACGAGCUCUUCAGCCAGCUUGUGGCCCAGCUGUGGCGCAACCCAGAUGAGCAGCAGAGUCAGCGUGGCUGGGCUCUGAUGGCCAUCCUGCUCAGUGCCUUUCCGCCAACACCUGCCCUGCAGAAGCCAUUGCUCAAAUUCGUAUCCGACCAGGCCCCCCGGGGUAUGGCAGCGUUGUGCCAGCACAAGCUGCUGGGAGCCCUGGAGCAGACACCACUGGCCCCCAUGGCCUCACGGGCCCACCCACCCACCCAGCUAGAGUGGACAGCUGGAUGGCGGCGGGGCCGCAUGGCGCUGGAUGUGUUCACAUUCAAUGAGGAGAACUACUCCGCAGAGGUGGAAUCCUGGACCACAGGAGAACAAUUUGCAGGGUACAUCCUACAGAGCAGAGGCCUGGAGGUGCCCCCUCGCGGCUGGUCUGUGUCACUGCAUUCUGGGGAUGCUUGGCAGGACUUGGCUGGCUGCGACUUUGUGUUGGACCUGAUCGGCCAGACUGAGGACUUGGGAGGUCCAGUUGAUCCCCACAGCUACCCCAUCACUCCUCUUGGCUUAACUGAGGAUAUACCCCCAGCCCCUGGGGUCCAGGCCCCCCCACUACCCCCAGGACUCCCUCCAGGUCCAGCCCCAACACUACCUAACACAGGCCCCCUAGGGGCCAGGACGUCUGGAAAUUUGGAUGGCUUCCUGGACCACCUGUUCCAGCCUGUCCUCUCCCCAGGCGUCAGUGAUUUGGAGCAAGGCUGGGCCCUGAACAGCCGCAUGAAGGGAGGGGGCUCUAUUGGACCCACACAGCAGGGUUACCCCAUGGUGUACCCAGGGAUGAUGCAGAUGCCUGGAUACCAGCCAGCCAUGGUGCCCACACCCAUGCCUAUGAUGCCAGGAAUGGGCACAGUCCCCACCAUCCCCACAGUUCCAGCCAUGAUGGUGCCACCACAGCCGCAGCCCCUGCUUCCUAGUGUGGAUUCAAGGCAGCUGGCAGUCCAGCAGCAGAACUUCAUCAAUCAGCAGGCGCUGAUUCUGGCCCAGCAGAUGACCACCCAGGCCAUGAGCCUGUCCUUAGAGCAGCAGACCCAGAGACACCAGCAACAAGUACAGGCCUCUAGGGCUGCCUCCCAGGCCCAACCCUCAGCUGUUGCUGCUCCCAAGCCCAAGAAGCCUCUUGCCCCCAAAGAGAAGCCAGAGUGUGAUCUAGAACCUGCAGAUGUCUAUGUUAGAGAGGAGACUCCAGAGGAGGCUGAAGGUAUGCCUCAGCACCCCAGGAGCUUCCAACAGAAACGGGACUAUUUCCAGAAGAUGGGGCAGCAGCAGAUCAAGGUAAAGAAGGUGAAGCCUCCGGUCAAGGUUCAGAUCCCCCAGGAGGAGACAGAGGAGGAAGAGGAGGAAGAGGAGGAAACGAGAGAAGUUGCGUCCCCUCCUCCUCCCCCAGCUGUGAAGAAGCCACCCAAACAAAGCAGGACCAAAGCUGCAAAAGAAGAUGAGGCAGAGUCAGCAGGGGAGGAAGAGCUGGCCCAGGGGAAGGUACCCACAGUGAGCAGGUCUACUCCUCAGCAACCAAAAACCAGCAGGACACCCACAGUGCAGAGCUCCAACUCCACAACUCAGCGGCCAGAACCCAGCAGGGCACCCACAGUGCAGAGCUCCAACUCCACAACUCAGCGGCCAGAACCCAGCAGGGAAAUUCGUAACAUCAUCCGUAUGUACCAGAGCCGUCCAGGCCCUGUGCCUGUGCCUGUGCAACCCACCAGGCCCUUCAAAACUUUUCAGAAGAAAAACGACCCUAAGGAUGAGGCUCUGGCUAAGCUAGGGAUAAAUGGUGCUGACUCACCCCCUUCGACAGUGUCUCCUAACCUAGGGAGGGGCUCCCCACCAGCCGUGGCUCCUCGACCCAAGUCCCGGCCACGACUCGAGCCCUCCAUCUCCAUCAAGGAAAAGCAGGAACCCCUUCGGGACUUGUUUGGCCCAAGCCCAUCCACGGCCCAGAUACCCCCAGCUCCACCAGCACCCCCACUGCCUCCACCUGAGGAACCCAGGACUCCUUCAGCAGAGAUUCACGCCUUGACAGAGCCCAUGAAGGACCAGGGGGUCUCCACACAGCUCCUUGUGCCCUCUGGUAGCGUGUGCUUCUCUUAUGCCAGUGCACCCUGGAAGCUGUUCCUACGCAAAGAGGUAUUCUACCCCCGGGAGAACUUCAGCCACCCCUACUGCCUCAGCCUUCUCUGCCAGCAGAUCCUGCGGGACACCUUUGCAGAGUCCUGCAUUCGGAUUUCCCCGGAUGAGCGGCACAAAAUGAAAGACCUGCUGGGAGACCUGGAGGUGGGCCUGGACUCCCUUGACACUGCCGAAGACAGCGUCAAAAAGCGUAUUGUGGUGGCUGCCCGAGACAACUGGGCCAAUUACUUCUCCCGCAUCUUUCCAGUCUCGGGAGAGAGUGGCAGUGAUGUACAGCUGUUGGGUGUGUCUCACCGGGGACUGAGACUGCUGAAGGUCACCAAAGACUCUAGCUUCCACCUGGACCGGCUGAAGACACUCUGCUCCUACAGUUUUGCUGAGGUGCUGGGUGUAGAGUGCUGCAGUAACUCCACCCUGGAGCUGUCGCUGAAGAGUGAGCAGCUGGUGCUGCACACAGCGAGGGCGAGGGCCAUCAAGGCCAUGGUGGAAGAGUUCCUAAGUGAGCUCAAGAAGAACUCUGGCUAUGUCAUCGCUCUGCGCAGCUACAUCACUGAUGACCACAGUCUCCUCAGUUUCCACCGUGGGGACCUCAUUAAGCUCUUGCCAGUGGCUACUCUGGAGCCAGGCUGGCAGUUUGGCUCUGCUGGGGGCCGAUCGGGACUCUUUCCUGCUGAUAUGGUGCAGCCAGCGGCUGCUCCGGACUUCUCCUUUUCCCUGGGACAGAGGAACAGCUGGCAGCGGAAGAGUAUGCCACAGCAGCUCAGGGAGCCAGGGCCGGCUCAGGAGCGCCCUGCCCGUCCCAGGAGCCAAGCACCCAGUGAUGACUCAGAGGCCACCUCCUUCACGGCCUAUAGCUCUCUGUCCACUGAUUCCCACAACUACACCAUGCAGGAAUUUGCCCUGCGCUAUUUCCGGAAGUCUCUUCUCUUGCUGGACCAGACAGGUGGAAGUGCCAAGAAGGCCGCAGUCAACUUGGUACAGUACAGCAAGGCUCCCAUCCAGGAAUCCCUCAUCGACCUCAGAAAUGAUGACAUGAGCAAGCAGGCUGUGGCUGGCUUCCAGGUUCUGAUGCAGUUUAUGGGGGACCAGUCUAAGCCCCGGAGCAAGGAUGAGCUGGUUCUGCUCUAUGAGCUGCUGAAGCUGUGCCGAGAGGAAGACCUCAGAGAUGAGAUGUACUGCCAGGUCAUCAAGCAGGUCACAGGACACCCCCAUCCGGAGCACUGUGCUCUGGGCUGGAGUAUCCUCAGCCUCUUCACAGGCUUCUUUGCACCAUCCACCACUCUGAUGCCCUAUGUGACCAAGUUCCUGCAGGAUUCAAGCCCUAACCAAGAGCUGGCCCAGAACAGCCAGGAGAACCUCCAGCGCACAGUCAAAUAUGGGGGGCGUCAGCAGCUGCCACCACCUGGUGAAAUGCAAGCUUUUCUGAAAAAGCAAGCAGUUCGCUUGUUUCUAAUUCACCUCCCUGGGGCUGUGGACUACAGGACGAAUAUCUACACAUUCACGGUGGCGGGAGAAGUGCUGGAGGAGCUAUGUGGACAGAUGGGCAUCACAGACCCCCAGGAAGUGCAGGAAUUUGCCCUCUUCCUCAUCAAAGGGGAAGGUGAGCUUGUCCGGCCACUGUCGUCCCAUGAGUACCUCAACAAUGUGGUGACAGACAAGGACAUGAGUCUGCACAGCCGGCGUCUUGGCUGGGAAACCCCACUGCACUUUGAUCACCCCACCUACAUCGAAACUCAUUAUAGCCAGGUGCUACGGGACUACCUACACGGGAAGCUGAUGGCUAGUGCCCAGGCAGAUGCUCAACUUGCCCAGCUGGCUGCCCUCCAGCACCUCAGCAAAGCCAGCAAGAGUCCCCCCUCAGAGCAAGAGCUGCUGGCUUACAUUCCCAAGCCACUGCAAUGGCAGGUGAACAUGGCCAACAUAAAGAACUUGGUGGACCAGGAGCUGAGGCAGCUGCAAGGACACAGCUCCCAGACAGCACAGAUCAGCUUCAUCAAGGCCACAAGCCAGCUGCCCCUCUUUGGUUAUACUGUGUAUAUGGUGCUUCGAGUGAGUAAGAUAGUCCUCCCGGGACCUAUCCUCUUGGGACUCAACCACCAGCACCUUGUCCUCAUGGACUCUAGCUCCCAGAAACUGUGCUGCUCCAUCACCCUAAAGGACCUGCAGCGGGUCCAACUGCUAAGCCCAUUGGAGGAAAAUGGGCCGCCUGGUCUGGAACUCAACUAUGGCUCUGCUGACAAGCCCCAGACCAUUUGGAUGGAGCUGCCACAGGCCCAGGAGUUGCAGUACACCAUCAUCUUCCUGCUGAACAGCAGCAUGACUUCCACUCAGUGGCCAGGCCUCAACUGAGGUAGUGAUGAAGAGGUGGCCUGUCCUUGGCUCAGGUCUCAUCGGUUUGCCUUGGAUGCUGGCAGGUGGUUCUGAUUUGGCCUUCACUACCUGGCCCUGCUCUGAAACUUGUGGAAGCACAGCCCAAGUGGUGGUCAUGAGGCAGGAGCUGCCACAGUGACGUCAACUGGGAAAAUAAGCAGACACAUUCCCUCUGAGGUGAACUGAACCUAGAGUAGGGGGCUGUAGGAACUUCGCUUAGGCAUCUGACAUUGUCCAGUCAGGGGAAAAUGCCCACUCGGGGCAUUUCCAUUCCAAGGCCCUUACUCACUUUAGCAUAGUCCCUGUGAGAAGCAGCUGAGCAAAUAAAACUCCCAAGAAAAGGAA